AUGAGAGGUGCGUUUGGCCAAAUUAUUCACAACUUGAUAGGUGACAGAGGUGAUGGUGUCGAGAGAAUUCCACCAACAGCAUCAAACAGAAGACGCAACGAAGCAAAUUAUCCAAUUAGGCAGCGCCGUCGAAGACAAGAGGAGGUCAUGGAUGAUAAUGUUGAGUCUACUGAGAAUGCAAAUAUGGAGGAGGAUGUCCCUCAACCUCCACAGAUGGAGCAGGCCGCUGAUGAUAUUCAUGAUACUUCUGCGCAUGAUGAUGAUGCUGAUGAGUCUGAUGAUGCUGAUGAUGUUGAUAAUGCUGCUGAUAUUGAUGAUCAGGAUCAGCAAACCGGAUUUCCCGGAGGACCGACGGAUCGUGGAUCAUUAAAAGUUAUUACUCACGGAUUGAAACUGAAGAAGUUUGCCGAAGUUCCUAUGCCAGCUCCUGUAGAGCAUGGGAUUCAGGAAACUAGGCUGAUGCAUCUAUCUUCAGGCUACCUCACUAUGGCUGAUGCUGGUCUGAUAUCCGUAUUUGUUGAAAGAUGGCACAGAGAGACCAACUCAUUUCAUCUGCCAUUUGGAGAGAUGACUAUCACUUUAGACGACGUCGCGACUCUCCUUCACAUCUCACCACAUGGUAAAUUUUUUUAUGCACCUUUGAAUAUGAACACUAAUAAUGUUGCAAGAGCUGCACAUGAGUACUUAGGUGCAACAUGGGAGGAAGCAUGUGCUGAGAUUAGUUAUAACAAAUGUGCCCAAUAUAGAUUGCAAUGGUUGCAUGAUUUAUAUAGUCGUCUCAUUCAAACUAACCAGUUUGAGUGUGCGGCUAGAACGUAUCUGUUGCAUUUAGUUGGCUGCAUUAUUUUCGCCGAUAAAACACAUACGCGUGUUGAGACGAAAUACAUUACUCUGUUUAUUGAUUUACAUCGUUGUCGGGACUACUCGUGGGCUUCCGCAUCAUUGGUUUUCCUUUAUGACAAUCUAGGAGAUGAAGCUGUCCACGACACUCGACAGGUGGGAGGAUCUGUAAGCGGGGGUGAUAGAGGAGUGAUUCCUGCACAUCUUCCAAGAGCAUGUAGGUGGAAUGCAAAACAUGUUGUUGAAGGUGGAUUGAUGGCCUAUCGUCGGAGACUUGAUGCGUUGUUGCUCGAGGAUGUAGUGUUUACACCAUAUGAUGAUGAUCGAGCUAAUCAUCUGUUUGUAUCGAUUUCGAUGUUUUCUCGAUAUCUUUGA